AUGAACAAAAAUUACGUCCAAAGAGACGAGGCAGGUGUAUUCACAUUAGUAAAUUUUUAUAUGAACCUUUGGGACAUGUUCAUUUAACUGUAGAACAACAUUUAGCCCACUCAGAAAUUCCAAAUAGAUACGUUACAGAGACACUUGAAGUUGGUGUAAACUAUGAUGGUUAUUGGAAUGUUCAGUUGCUUGCUGAACAACUUAAGCGAACAAUUGAUGUUUUGGAAAUUGCACUCCCGGGCACAAUUUUUGUAUUUGCAUUUGAUAAUAAAAAGAAUAUUUGGGAUCAACAAUUAAGGGAUAAAUGUAUUAAGUGCUCAGAAGAUGAAGAAAAGUUCUGUUGUAACAUGAGGAAGUUAGCAAAACAGCCAGAUUUUAUGGAACAAAAAAAUAUUCUUGAAGACAUUGUGUAUAAUCGAG